AUGGAAGAUGAUGAUAACCAGACCCCUCCAUCUGUCUGUAUGCUGGGCUCCAAGCAUCCAGGCCUCCAAAGUCCAACCUCCAAGCUUUCUCCCGAUUUACAUAAUCUACCAUCUUGCCGGACCACUCACCAGAAACAGCUACGUCAACUACGUCCUCAUUUCGACUCAUGUCAUUUGCUCUGGUCGGCAACCGGUGAAUUCUUCGCUGUCGUCGGUGUUCAAUUUGGUUUUCUUUGA